GUGAAAGCUAAAAUAAAAUCAAGGGGAAGGUCUACAGAUUUUUGAAACAAACAAAGAAACUUACUUUUACAAUCAAGACCGUCCAUUAUCUCCUUGGAGUGGCAUCCAACGGCUAUCUCACAUAAACAAAGAGGGAACAACUGCUUACCGUACGAUCUCACUUCCAAUAUAUUUCACUCUAAUCCCUUCCUUCCUUCCCUCGCUCUCUCUCCCUCGAAAAGUUUCUGCAACUUUCGGAAAUCUAACACAGGGACUAAAAUGAGAGAGAUCCUUCAUGUUCAAGGUGGACAAUGUGGGAACCAGAUUGGUUCCAAGUUUUGGGAGGUUGUUUGCGAUGAGCACGGCAUAGAUCCAACUGGAAGGUAUAUUGGCUCCUCAGAUCUGCAGACGGAGCGUGUCAAUGUCUACUACAAUCUGGCUUCAUGUGGCCGCUAUGUUCCUCGUGCUGUGCUCAUGGACUUGGAACCUGGUACCAUGGACAGUAUCCGAACAGGUCCUUAUGGCCAGAUUUACAGGCCGGAUAACUUUGUUUAUGGACAAUCUGGUGCCGGUAACAACUGGGCUAAGGGCCAUUACACUGAUGGAGCUGAGCUUAUUGAUGCUGUUCUUGACAUUGUGAGGAAGGAGGCUGAGAACUGUGACUGUCUGCAAGGUUUCCAGGUGUGCCACUCAUUGGGGGGAGGAACUGGUUCUGGGAUGGGUACCUUGCUAAUCUCAAAGAUUAGAGAAGAGUACCCUGACAGGAUGAUGCUUACAUUCUCUGUGUUCCCCUCACCAAAGGUUUCAGAUACAGUUGUUGAGCCAUACAAUGCUACCCUUUCUGUUCAUCAGCUUGUUGAGAAUGCUGAUGAGUGCAUGGUUCUUGAUAAUGAGGCUUUAUAUGAUAUCUGCUUCAGGACUCUUAAAUUGACUACCCCUAGCUUUGGUGAUUUGAACCACUUGAUCUCUGCAACCAUGAGUGGAGUCACUUGCUGUCUCAGGUUCCCUGGUCAACUCAACUCUGACCUCCGAAAGCUUGCUGUGAACCUGAUUCCCUUCCCUCGUCUUCACUUUUUUAUGGUUGGGUUUGCUCCUCUGACCUCCCGCGGUUCCCAGCAGUAUCGUGCACUUACUGUCCCUGAGUUGACCCAACAAAUGUGGGAUGCAAAGAAUAUGAUGUGUGCUGCUGACCCAAGGCAUGGUCGCUACCUCACUGCAUCAGCCAUGUUCAGAGGCAAGAUGAGCACCAAGGAAGUGGAUGAACAAAUUAUCAAUGUGCAAAACAAGAACUCUUCCUACUUUGUGGAGUGGAUUCCAAACAAUGUGAAAUCGAGUGUCUGUGACAUUCCACCUAGAGGACUCCCCAUGGCAGCUACCUUUAUGGGAAACUCAACCUCUAUUCAGGAAAUGUUCAGGAGAGUUAGUGAACAAUUCACUGCUAUGUUCAGGAGGAAGGCUUUCUUGCAUUGGUACACUGGUGAAGGUAUGGAUGAGAUGGAGUUCACGGAGGCUGAGAGCAACAUGAAUGACCUUGUGUCUGAGUAUCAGCAAUACCAGGAUGCUACUGCUGAUGAGGAAGAUGAAUAUGAGGACGAGGAGGAAGCAGAACCCAUGUGAAGAGGCAAAAUCUAAACAAAGCUGUUGGUAAUGUACAAUGGUAAUGAUUGAAGCUUGUGUUUGGUUUGUAUGUAAUGAAGAGUCUUCCCCUUUCCUGAGUUUGUCUUUGUUAUGAGGGGUAAGUGCAGUUGUUGGUUAAGAAAAAUGCCGGUUUCUCCCAGAAAAUCAUUAUGAUGGUGGAAGAUAGGAUGAGUGGGGAAGUUGUAUAUUUGUUUGAAAAUAGUAAUUUGGUGUCACCUAUGUAUUCUGGAGAUGUUUCCAUUUUGGUUUUUAUGUGUUGUGCUAUCGCUAUAUACUUUUUGUCUUUCAGUUUCGUUUACUAAUGAGAUUUGUAUUCGAAACCAUCGGCUUUGAAGUUUAGUAACUAGCAGUUCAUUGGUUUCACUACCUCAUUUUUACUCAAACGAUGCUAUCAAUGGAUUUGUAGAAAAAUGCCCUUACCUCUUAAACAGAAAGCACGUA